CAGUCUCCCACGCACCGCGGCUUUGCCUACGUCCUUCCGCAGCCCACCGAUGGUGAGGGGGCCCCCCCAGGGGUGCCGGUCCUGCCCGUCUCAGUGCCGGUGCUGUGCCUGCCACCAGCAGGCGAGGGUGAUGAGGAGCCAGGGAGGCCGAAGAAGCGGGCACAUAGCCUGAACCGCUACGCCGCCUCCGACAGCGAGCAGGAGCGGGAUGAGCUGCUGGUGCCUGACGCAGGGCCUUAUGCUACCGUGCAGCGGCGCGUGGGGCGCAGCCACUCAGUGCGGGCACCUGCUGGUGGUGACAAAAAUGUCAACCGCAGCCAGUCCUUCGCCAUCCGC